CAGGUUCUCCUGACUCCAGGGCCAGUGCUCAAUCCACUAUACCACAUAGCUGCCCCAGCAAUGUAAAUUAUUGAAAGAAGAUUUCUAUAGGAAUGCCGCAUUUCUGUGUGACAUCGUGUCAAAUCAAAACAACUUGAAUAUUUCUUCUCAAGGUAAAACUAAGUCUAUAUAUGAUAUGUGAAAAAAAAAUCCAAGCAUUUUGAAAAAAGCUAUCUUUUUCAAAAUACUUCUUCUUCAAAAAGAAAUUUCAGAUGAACAUUUUCCCUAGUUAGCAAAGGUCAUUGAUGAACAAGAUGAUAUAUGCAAAUCAUUUAAAGAAUAUGCAGCUGUUAUAGACCUAUUAAUUGGAGAAUACAAUGAAAGGUUCACAUACUCUGAGAAUCAUGACAUUACACUCAAAUUAGCAUUUCAGCCUUACCUACUUGAUAUCACCAAGUCACCUAGAGAACUACAGAUGGAAUCAAUUGAGCUCUCAGUAGAGGACAUUUUAAAGUCAUUGUUUGAUGCUAAGAAAGAUCCAAUUGAAAUAUGGAUAAAUGCAGUAAAAUUCCCACUCCUUUGGCAAGAUGUCCAAAAAAUGGUUUAUUGCUUUUCAACCACUUAUUGCUGCAAAUCUACAUUCUCCUAACUAAUACAAAUCAAGACGCCCUUGAGGUCACAGAUGACUGAUGCCCAUCUAGAGGAUCAACAGAAACUGCAGAAUUCUGUGCUGAAGCCAAAUAUUCAAGUGCUUUCCAACAAAAAGCAGACACAACAAAGUCAUUAAAAGAGCCUCCCAAACACUGAGCUAGCUCUGGCAAUGUGUUCAUCAACCUUACUAUCAAUGUGUACGUCCCUGGAAAGUACACCACCAAGAUGAGUACCUCAAAGUCUUAAAUUGUGGUGUGGCUGAGGUCAGGAAAUCCUUUCUGGGACCGUUUUCCCCUUCCUGCAAAAUGGUCCAGAUGAUGAAGCAGUUUCUGUACCGAGUCCUGCCGGAGGAUUCCUACAAGUUGGCGACAGGAAGGCUCCAUGUGGCCCUCACACGGGUGACAGAUGGGGAGAACGUGGUGGUGUCUGAAUAUACUUCCAAGGAAGAGCUCAUUGAGGCACUCUACUGCAGCUGCUUCAUACCUGUAUAUUGCGGCCUCAUUCCACCAACUUACCGGGGUGUGAGGUAUAUUGAUGGAGGUUUCACUGGAAUGCAGCCAUGCUCCUACUGGACAGACUCAAUUACCAUCUCAGCUUUCAGUGGCCAGCAAGACAUUUGCCCCAGGGACUGUCCAGCUAUCUUCCAUGACUUCCGGUUAUUCAACUGUACCCUCCAGUUCUCCUUGGAGAAUAUUGCCCGGAUGACCCAUGCGCUCUUUCCUCCAGACCUGAUGGCCCUGCAUGAAUACUACUACCGAGGAUAUCAAGACACAGUUUUAUACCUAAAGAGGCUAAAUGGCGUCUACCUCGAGUCCCCCACCAGGAAUUUAAUGUUCCCACGGGUGGAAGUGUUCUGCUUUGGAAAUUUGUCCCGAUGCAGGGAAUGGAAAGGGACUGAUGAGCAGAACCCCGAGACCACACAAGCCAGCUCGUCAGAGCUCUCGAGCCACACUCUGAAUGAGGCCACCAAGGGGACUGUGAAGGACGAUGAUGGGCCACCUGACUCCUCUGCUGGGCAGGCACCUGAAUCUGUCCCUGCCCAGCUCCCUCUAUCGCCAGCCAUGCAGCCGUCUACAGUGUCAACUCCACCAUUCAUAGAGUCACCUGUGCAGUCUCCUGUCUCACCUGCGGGGCUCCCUCUCCCAUCACCACCUGAACAGUCAGCUGUAUCACCAUUUGUUCAGUCAAUGGCACAAUGGCUUCCUUCACUCGGGCUCCCUCUCCCGUCACCACCUGAACAGUCAGCCUUAUCACCAUUUGUUCAGUCUAUGGCACAAUCGCUUCCAUCAUUCAUGCAGUCAUCCACGUAUCUCUGCUCUGUGCAGUCACCCUCCUCACCUCUACCCAUGCAGUCAUCUCUAUCAUCUUUUGCCCAGUUGCCUGUCUCACCCCCAGGACAAUCACCAGUAUCAAUGCCUGUGCAGUCACUUCCUUCACUCACAGAGCCAUCACCAACAGUAUCCCCCACGUCCCCAGCUACGUCAUAUCCUCCAUCGGUACCCCUGCAUUCACCUUCAGCGUCUCCUGUGCAGGCAUCACCCGUGGAGGCCGAUGCCACACCCCAGUCCCGAGCUUUACCUAAGACUUCAAAUCAGAAAAUCACUGUAUUUCUGGUGAAUAUGAAGGAAGCCAUCUCCAAGCCCUUUGUGAAGGGCCACACUGUGGAUGACACACAUUGGGUGAAUAAGUUAUUUGGAAGGAACAACCAUGACACAAAUGGUACCAGGAAAGACUUCUCAAGACACCAAAAAUGCAAUCGAGCAAGGAGAACAGAACAGCCUUCCCCCUGCCUCUUCAAUUCAUCUCUACUUCCCAAUUCUGGGACAGUUUGGGUGUCUACCGGCCUCACCCCAUUGGCAUGUGUCAGACAUACGAAGACCCUCAGGUAUCUACACACCUCGACAGGGACCAGAAGUAGCCUCCGUGUGACUUUGUGGGGGGCUUUCUUUUGCCUCCUGUGGUAUUCUGGAUUGACCACAACUCACUCCUCUCCCAUGGCUGUGCUGUUGGUUAUGGAAAGUCUGGCUUUCAUUUGUUUGGGGACUUCCGAGUCAAGAUAACCUUUCAGUGGCCCUGAGCAUUUGAGAACCUCUGCGAAGACAGACCCCUCAGCUGGGCCUCUUAUGUCGAGGGGCAGAAAGGCCACCCAGAUGGGCAAUUCUUUCCUGUGAAUCAGCAGUGUCCCCAAGAACCAGCUCCUGGAUAUGAAACCCAUCAGGCCCAUUAUAUCUGAGCUGCCAACAUUCCUUCCUGUUUGUAGUGCCUAUAUAUUCUCUUCACUGCUGUCUCCAUUUGGUGCUAUAUAGAUACAGUAUGGGGGGGGAGUUUUUUUUAAAAGGACUAAUUACUUUUCCUUUUUUUUGUGCCCCCCAUCAUCUGUUCUGUGCCCAACUUUCAGCCAGUGGAAUUCACCUCUGGGUUCCUAAAGUCCUGAAUAAAAGGGCAGGAGGCAUUUUGUCUCAAGGGUCCCCAGGCCAGUUCAAUCACUGGGAAUUUGAUGAGGCCUUCAUGCCGGGUAUCCUCCCCAGCUGCUGUAUAGUUAUUCUAAGAGGAUUCUGAAUAUCCAUCCUCACUUCUUUAAAUCUCUUUAAGAAGGUCCAUUUCUACUGUUCACAAGAAGGCUCAAAAAAAACCUCCUGGCUGAUGCCAUUUGCAAAACAAACAGAUGACUUAGUCCUAGGGCUGGGAAAAGAGUUUGUUUAACAAAAUAUGUGAUGCAAAAUCAAUAUAGCAUAUUGGAAGAGUGAAAACAGAAAACAAAGUGUGUUCCCAAUCGAUGAGCCUUCCAGAAAGAGUAAUAAAGUACAUUUAUUUUCAUGGGCAAAAUUGAGUCCAAAAGUGCAAACAAUGAAUGUGGUGUGAGUAAGAGGAGGUAGGAUGGGGGAAUAUAUUUAAAUGGGGUCAUUUAACAUAAUAUAGUUUUUGAUGAGCUCUGUUUUCAAUGGGCUUCUAAGUAGGUGAUCCUGUGAUCACCUCCCAACCUGAAAUCAUUCCCUUGAAAAGGCACAUACACUUUCAAGAUGUCUGAUGGGAAGCUCCUUUGGACAUCUCUUCUUUCAUCUGUUUCCCUUUGUUGAGUUUUUGGUAUCAACACAAGGAGGAAAAUCCCUUCUUAGGUUUUAUGGAGGGAGGAAGGGAUUACAUAGUUCUGCACAGCUGUCUAUAUUGUCUGGAGAGCAAAGUGACAGUCCGUUUGCAAAGAGAAUUGACCAUUGCCCAUUCUUCCUCAAGCCCUGUGGGAGCAGAAACUCUUGGAGGGGAAUGGGAUCUUUUUGUUCCCUUUGUGACCUGGGAACGUACAUUCCCCGAUGCAAGAGCAGGGAAUACAGCUCAAUAAUAAUUAUUGUUCCAACACUAAGCUUGUACAUACUGCCAUAUGUAACUGAGAUGUUUGAGCAUAAAUAAA